GCGAGCGCGCGGCGGCCCGCCUCCUGCGAGCUGCCCUUGGACCGUCUCGCUCCCCGAGUCCGGGGACUUUGGGUCUAGGCUGGCCCGUGCCACGGUGCUUCAGGGACAGGAGCCGACGUUCAGGACGGCGGAAAUGGUGUGAAAAUUUGAAAAUUUGUGGUAUUUCCUGCAACAAGCUUCUGUGGAGAGAUUAAGGCAGGGAACCUUAUGCCCAGAAAGCCAAAAAUGAUGAUGCAUUUGUGGACUGGAUUUCUCAGCCAGAGAAGAUGUAAGCCUGAAAGUAGAAACAGUGUUUGAGAACACAGGAGGACAAAGGAGCAGAGCCUGACAGCUCCACAGAGACACCUGAGGAGGAAAUGGCAGGGCAGGGAGGCGAGGUGAGAAGUUGCACGCUCUGCAGCUGUUACAUGCCCUGGCCCCUGCAGUAGCUCCUCUCCAGUUUUAGACAUGAAGGAAGUAGAAGCACUCAUCUUCCCAUGAUGUUUUUAAAAGGUGGAAACUUGAAAUUUUCCAGAAUUCUGUUGGAGAUGUUUCUGCAGUGGGAUCAAGUGAGGACACUUUAUACUCCAGUAUUUAGACAUGGAGUUUGUGUCAUUUGAAGACGUUGCUGUGGACUUUACCUGGCAAGAGUGGCAGCACCUGGAUGCUGUUCAGCGCAAGCUCUACAGAGAUGUGAUGCUGGAGAACUACACCAGCCUGAUGCUCUUGGGGAACUGUAUGACCAAACCAGAUUUGAUCUUCAAGUUGGAACAUGGAUUUGCACCAUGGAGUGUAGUAGAAGGCUCAAUUCAGAGGUUUCCAGUAUUAAAAAGUGAACAGAAAAUGUACUGGAAAAAGAAUGAUGAUUUUAAGCAGUGCCAGAAUGCUGUUUACCACAAGUUACAUCACACUUGUCAUCAAGGAACAAACACAGGUAAUAAGCUCUAUGAAUGUGGGACAACUUUGAUCUACAAGUCACAGCUCACUAAGCAUCAGAGUACUCAUACAGGUGAGAAGCGAUAUGAAUGUGUUGAAGUUGGGAAAACUUUCGUCUCCCAGUCACAACUUACUGUGCAUCAGAGACCUCAUACAGGUGAGAAGCAUUAUGAAUGUACUGAAUGUGGGAAAGCCUCCAUCUCCAAGUCACAUCUCACUAUACACCAGAGAACUCACACAGGUGAAAAGCCAUAUGAAUGCACUGAAUGUGGAAAAGCUUUCAUCUCCAAGUCAAAGCUCACUACACAUCAGAAAAUUCAUACAGGUGAGAAACCUUAUCAAUGUAAUGAAUGUGGAAGAGCUUUUCUUGCAAAGUCAGAUCUUAAGAAGCAUCAGAGAAUUCAUACAGGUGAGAAGCCAUAUGAGUGUGCUAAAUGUGGGAAAAGCUUCAUCUUCCAGUCAGAUCUCACUGUGCAUCAGAGAACUCACACAGGUGAGAAGCCAUAUGAAUGUACUAAAUGUGAGAAAGCCUUUAUCUCAAAGUCACAACUCAAUAUACAUCAGAGAACUCACACAGGUGAAAGGCCAUAUGUAUGUACUGCUUGUGGGAAAACUUUCAUUACCAAGUCAUAUCUUAAUAAGCAUCAUAGAAAUCACACAGGUGAAAAGCCAUAUGAAUGUACUUCAUGUGGUAAAGCCUAUGUCUCCAAGUCGCAUCUCACUAUGCAUCAGAGAACUCACACAGGUGAAAAGCCAUAUGAAUGUACUGAAUGUGGGAAAGCUUUCAUCUCCAAGUCACAACUCACUAUGCAUCAGAGAACUCACACAGGUAUAAAGCCAUAUGAGUGCACUGCAUGUGGGAAAGCUUUUAUUACCAAGUCAGAUCUUAAUAAGCAUCACAGAAAUCACACAGGAGAAAAGCCAUAUGAAUGUACUGAAUGUGAGAAAGCCUUCAUUUCCAAAUCAAAGCUCACUGUACACCAAAGAACUCAUACAGGUGAGAAGCCAUAUCAAUGUAAUGAAUGUGGGAAAGCUUUUUUUGCAAGUUCAGAUCUUAAGAAACAUCAGGGAAUUCAUACUGGUGAGAAAACAUAUAAAUGUACUAAAUGUGGUAAAGGCUUCAUCUGCAAGUCUUAUGUUACUAUGCAUCAGAGAACUCACACAGGUGAGAAGCCAUAUGAAUGUACUGAAUGUGGGAAAGCUUUUAUCUCCAAGUCACAUCUCACUAUGCAUCAGAGAACUCACACAGGUGAAAAACCAUAUGAAUGUACUGAAUGUAGGAAAGCUUUCAUCUCCAAGUCAAAGCUCACUAAGCAUCAGAGAACUCACACAGGUGAGAAGCCAUAUCAAUGUAAUGAAUGUGGUAAAGCUUUCAUAUCUAAGUCACAGCUCAGUAAGCAUCAGAGAAUGCACACAAGUGAAAAGCCUUAUCAAUGUAAUGAAUGUGGCCGAACUGUACUUUCCAAGUCAGAUCUUAAUAAUCAUCAGAGAAUUCAUACAGGUGAGUAGCCAUAUGAAUGUGGGAAAGAUUUGACUGCUAUGCCACAUCUUUAAACACAUCAGAGAAGAUAGAAGUGAGAAGCCAUGUGAAUACACGGAGUGUGGGAAAGCUUUCAUCUUGAAAUCAUAGCCCAUUAUGCACUAGAAAACUCACAUAGAAAAGAAACCACAUGAAUAUAAUCAAUCUGGAAGUUCAGUCACCUCCCAGUCACAGUUCACUGUUCAUCAGAAAACUCACACAGGUGAGAAAACAUAUGAAUGUAUAAAAGCUUUUAUAUCCCUGUCACAGCUCACUGUCCAUCAGAAAACCAUGACAAACCAUAUUAAUGUGGGAAAGCCUUAAUUUCCAAGUUCCUAAGAAAACUCAUAUAAGUGAAAAGCCAUAUGAAUGUGGCAAGCCUUUCUGCUAGAAGUCACAAAUCAUUAUUCAUCAGAGAAGUCACAUAAGUUUGUGGCCAUAUGAAUGUAAUGAAUGUAGGAAAAGAAGCAUCCAGGUGUUAUCCAUUAGUAUUCAUCAGAUAUCUUAUAUAAAAGAGAAGUUAUAGUCAUGCAAUGAAUGUGAAAAAGCUUUUCCUUGAUAAGCAAAAGAGAACUCAUAUGUGAGAAAUCAUAUUAAUGUAAUGAAUGUGAGGAAGUUUUCUGCUAGAAGUUACAACUCACUCUCCAUUGUAGACAAGAGAAAAAUCACAUGAAUGUACUGAAAGUGGGAAUUUUUUUCCAUAUUAAUGUAAUGAAUGUGAGGAAGUUUUCUGCUAGAAGUUACAACUCACUCUCCAUUGUAGACAAGAGAAAAAUCACAUGAAUGUACUGAAAGUGGGAAUUUUUUUCCUGAGGUAACAAGUCACUAAUUAUAAAGAGAACUCACACAGGUGAGGAACCAAGUGAAUGUAAUAAAUGUGAGAAAAUUUUCUUGUGGAAAUUAAACCAAAUUUUACAAUAGUGAAUAGGCAUAUGAAUGUAAUUAUGGAAAUACAUUCAUCUCCCAGUUACAGAUGACUGUGCAUCAGAGAAUUUACACAGAUGAGAAACCAUUCAAAUAGAAUCAGUGUGUUAAAGCUUUUUGUCUUUCAGUCACAGCUCACUAUGCAUCAGAGAAUGCAUACAGAUGAGUUGACAUAUGACUGUGGAAAGGCCUUCAUCUCCAAGUCACAACCUACUAUGCAUCAAAGAAUUGAUAUAACCUAAAUAUCAUAUGAAUAUAGUGAAUGUUGAAAAUAUUUCUUCUAUGUUUUGAUAGCCAAAUAUGAGAGAAUUCAAACAAGUGAAAAACCAUAUACAAUGUUUGUGAAAAAGCUUCCUUCCAUAAGUCAAAACUCAUGUGUCAGAGAACUAUUGUACAUGAUAAGCCUUAUUAAAGUUUUGUAGGUUGAAAUGCUUUGUGCCAGUAGUCACAACUCUUGGAUCUGGAAGUUAUAUCUCUCAGUACUUAUACUAGAUAAAAGCCAUGGGAAUGUAAAAAAUGCAUAAAGAUGUUUCCAUUUCUCUUCUCAGUAUGCAGCAGAGAAAUAAUGAAAUUCAAAAGUCCUAUACAUGUGAACAAGCUACCAAAGGUACCAAUUUUCCCAAUAUAGACCUCCAAAAUUGUUUAUGAGUUUGACAUAUAAUGAAUGCAUGGUCAUUUUUCACUCAGAACUCAUAUUUCAUUUCACACAUGAGAAAAUAUGUACAACUGAGAAAUCUUACAAAAUAACAACUCACUUGUUUUUUCCCCAGCGCUGACCAUAUAUCUUGACAAUAAAAGAAAGAAAACCCAUAAGCAAACUAGUCCUAAUUUUACAUCAGAAAUUGCCUGCAGUGAACUUCUAAAAACAUGUAGAUUUUCUUUUUUUGGAAUUGAUUUGUGAGACUCAGAAUAACGUUUGGGACAUAAGAAAUUUUUACAAUAUUUUGUGUAAUAACCAUGUGUUGUAUUCUGACCAGUUCUUGCAAUUGGAGGGAUGUUUAAUUGAAAGGAAUCAUCUAUUGUCUGGCAGAGGAAAUUUGAGAACUUUUGAAUUUGAAGACAUACAAGCAUCAUUUUUCUGCAUCUGCAACUCAUUAAGAGAUUUCCAUCUUUGAGGAUAGGAAUCUCCAUUUCUGAUAGAACAGUAUAAGUAGUGUUGGUCAUUUUGAAAAUAGAAAAGUCUAUAAUAACAAUACUAAAGAUAUUAUUGUUCUUCCAAGUAUAUUUCAGACUUCCUAUAUUAAUAAAUUUUGUCACUCAUCUCAUAUUGCUUUUGCAAGUCAAACAAAGGCAUGUAAGAUGGGCCAGGAAGCAUACAAUGUUCAGAUAGCCACUUUCCAACUAAGGGAAGUUUUGAAGUUCUUGUGUGGAAUUCCUAUCAUGUAAAAAAUAGAGAUAUGAAGAUGAAAAAUGUUUCAAUGUGGCCAGAUUUUAUGGUAGUUGCUGCCAAGGAAUACUGCUCAUGCUGACAUAGUUUGAUUUUCCCAUAAAGCUAGCAUUCGUGUCUGGAGGAGUUACAUUUGGAGACUAGGUAAUUUUUUUGCUUCAGUCCCUAAGGUAAAGCUGCAAGAUUUGAUGUUUGUCCUGUUUGUUUUCUCAUUUAUAUUGCUUCAGUAUUUCCUUGUUAUGCCUUCUUUUUGCAAUGAAAAUAUUUUCUCUGUGUCAUUAUGUGUUGGAAAUAAGUAAUUAUACCUUGAGUCUAUAAGGCUUAAAGUUAAUAGACUUUCUGUCAUGCCAGUUGAGAUGAUGGAUUUUUGAGUUUUGAAUAAUAUUAUAUUUGUUAAAUACUAUGGAGAUUUUUCAAGUCAGACAAUACAUAUGUAAUCAUAAAAUGGUCAUGAGUUUAUGUGGGCAGGGGAAUAAUUUGGAUGUUUGACAAUAAAGUUUCUCCUCUAGCCUCA